AUCUUGUCUCAUCAUCGUCAGGCAAACAGCUAAGUCUAAACGACGCCGUAGAUUGCAGAUGAUUCAUUAAGAUUCAGAGACUUAACAUUGCCAUUUCUCGGUUGAAUUUGAAAGCCAUGGCCUGCUUCAUCAGUAUUUCAUCUACUCCUUACUUGUCUCCAACCUCUCCACAGUUGAAGUGUUUGGGAGCGAGAACAAGAGUGCUUGUGCUUCCCGCCAAGUGCUUAUCUUCUGAACAGAGACAGGAAACUGAAUCCAAGCCUGAAAUGAAAACGUCAUUGUCGUCUUCGUUUUCUUCUAGCAUUUCGACAUACAAAUGGUGUGCAGGAAUUGGAGGUGUAGGGUUUCUUGAAACUGCGUAUUUGUCUUAUCUCAAGCUCACAAAUUCGGAUGCCUUUUGCCCGAUUGGUGGCAGCAAUUGCGGUGACGUUCUGAAUAGUGAUUACGCUGUCGUUUUCGGUAUUCCUCUUCCAUUGAUUGGUAUGUUUGCUUAUGGGUUGGUUGGAGUGCUUGGUUUACUGUUGGGCAGAAAGAACUUGCCAUUUGGAAUCAAUGAAUCGUAUGGUCGCAUGAUUUUACUAGGGAGCACUACCUCCAUGGCGGCUGCCAGUGCAUAUUUUUUGUACAUUUUAAGCACAAAAUUUACUGGAAUCACAUGUUCGUACUGCCUAACAUCAGCAUUGUUGUCAUUCAGCUUAUUUUUCAUCACUCUGAAGGAGUUUGGGUUUGAAGAGAUACAGAAGGUAGUGGGUAUACAGCUAUGUAUAGCAAGCUUGGUGAUUGCUAGCCUAAGCACCUCAUAUAGUUCUUCUCAAUCUGUACCAUCCAGUCUAGCUGAAGUUGAGUUGCCAUAUGUUGAAACCGAGAUAACUACACCAUCAAGUCCUUUUGCUUUAUCCCUUGCAAAACAUUUGAAGGCAGUAGGAGCUAAAAUAUAUGGGGCUUUCUGGUGUUCACACUGUUUAGAACAAAAACAGAUGUUUGGACAGGAUGCUGCAAAGCUGCUGGAUUAUGUGGAGUGCUUCCCAGAUGGAUACAGAAAAGGAACUAAAAUGGCCAAGGCAUGUCUGGAUGCUAAAAUUGAAGGGUUCCCAAUGUGGGUGAUUAAUGGCCAGGUGAGGAAACCCUGUGUUUGAGCCACGUUCUCAGCGGAGAGCAAGAACUGACAACCCUAGCAGAGGCAUCUGGAUUUUCUGAAUCAAGUCAACAGCCUAGUUAAAUCAUCAAUCAUAACAGCAGUUCAUGUACAGUAUACAGGAUAAAUUUUUAUGUUUAAUGGACAUUAUUUUCCUCCUUUCUUGAGGCCUUGAGAAGUAUUAGGCAGUAGUGAGUAGUGUAUUCAUAGUCUAAACAGUGAGAAGCCCACGAUUUGAUAAAUUUACAGUUAUCUUUUGAACAGUAAUUGUAAUUGCAAUUCUGUUAUUGUGACCAGAAGCAUUCUUAUUGAAAUAAAGUACCGUUGAAUUUGGUAGUGA